GGCGGCCCGGCCCGGCAGCGCCCCCUCCUCCCUCCCCCUCCCCAGCUCCUUCUCCAUCCCCAGGUCCAAGAUGGCGGCGGCGGCGGCUCCUCCGGCCCCAUCCCCGCCGCCUCCUGCCCCGGCGGGCCCGCGCUGCCCGGGCUCCUGGCCCAACUUCGCCGUUGUCUGCUCCUUCCUCGAGCGCUACGGGGCCCUGCUGGACCUGCCCGAGCUGCCCUUCCCCGAGCUGGAGCGUGUCCUGCAACCGCCGCAGGAGCCCGGAGACCAGGUCCCAAAAGAAUUGGUGGAGCUUCACUUGAAACUGAUGAGAAAGAUUGGGAAGUCUGUCACGGCAGACAGAUGGGAAAAAUACUUGAUCAAGAUAUGUCAAGAAUUCAACAGCACUUGGGCUUGGGAGAUGGAAAAAAAAGGAUACCUAGAAAUGAGUGUUGAAUGCAAACUGGGGAUUCUGAAGUAUCUCUGCGAAUGUCAGUUUGAUGACAAUCUGAAGUUUAAGAAUAUCAUUAACGAGGAGGAUGCUGACGCCAUGCGUCUGCAGCCCAUUGGUCGGGACAAGGACGGCCUCAUGUACUGGUAUCAGCUGGAUCAAGAGCAUAAUGUCAGGAUGUACAUAGAAGAACAGGAUGACCAGGAUGGAUCCACAUGGAAGUGCAUUGUUAGAAACCGCAAUGAGCUUGCCGAGACCCUUGAGCUCUUGAAGGCGCAAAUUGAUCCUGCUCUGUUGAAAAACAACAAUUCUCAGCAGGAGAAUUCAUCACGUGAAAGUCCAAGCAUAGAAGAUGAAGACACCAAAAAGGGUGAAGAAGCAGCUACACAAGAAAAUCAAUUGAAAAUCAAAGAAGAAAAAGAGGAGGUAGAGGAACAGUCAGUGGAAUCGGAAAGCCUUCCUCCUCCUGUGGUCAAAGAAGAUGAAAAUGCACUUAAAAUUGAGAAGGUGGAAGAAAAAGAAAUUAUAAAACUGCCAGUAAUAGUGAAAUUAGAAAAACCUUCAGAACACAGUGAAGAAAAGCAAACUGUCAAGGAAGAAAGUGACUCCUUUAAGGAAAAUGUCAAGCCUGUUAAAGUAGAGGUGAAGGAAAACAAAACAGAACCCAAAGACCUAAAAGAAGUGAAAAGCUGUAUGGACAAAAUAGCAGUUCAUGAGCCAGAGAGGUUAGAAUUUUGUGUUAAUGUCAAAACUCCACAAGAAAUUGUGGAGAAAUCUGUGGAAGAAAGUGAAAAACUUAAAAAUGACCAACAGGCAAAAAUACCACUUAAAAAGCGAGAGAUCAAACUGACAGAUGACUAUGACAGUCCAAUAAAAGGGCCCCUGUGUAAAUGUGUUACUCCAACAAAGGAUGUCUUGAAGGAAGAAGGGAAACCAGAAGAAGAAGCUUUUAAGAGAGUCCCUACCAUUACUGCUCUAUGUCCUGAUGGGAAAGUGCUAGUAAAUGGAGAGGUUAGCUGUGAAAAAAUAACCCCGAGCGUCAUACAAAAUAGUAAGUCAGAGCACUCUGCUAGUGCUGUGGAAGACAGCACCUCAUUAAAAGAGAAAAAUGGAAAAAGUGGGGAAAAAGUAUCAGACUCCCUAAAUUCUGUUAUAAAAACAUGUGAGAUUGAGAAAAAUGCAGUAACUGUGCUGAAAGAGAUUGGGGCUGUGGUCUCUGAGGUUUCUAAUCAGAAAGUGCCUUCAAAGGAGGAAUCUAGUCCUGUGGAAAAAGAGUCCCUUGACACUACAACUACUGAGACGGUAGCAGAAGAGGCUUCAAACUCCGAAGACUGUGCCAAAACAACUGAAGAGAAACAAGCCAUUGAUCUCAAAAAUGACAGCAUGCCACCACCCAAAGAAUGUUCAGAGAAGUUAGAGAUGUCCCCAAAUGCAUCUGCUCCUGCAGAACUGCCUAAGCUUGCACUGGCUGAUGAAGAGACUUUGAAAAGUAAAGAUGAGCCUGAGGAGAAAAACGACUCUCCAAAAGCUGCUGAGAUACCUCCUGCAUCCACUUCACCUGUUACAGUAGAGAAACCUGUCCCGGAGAAGGAGGACUCUGAUAGUAAAAUGGUUCUACCUGAGGAGAGCAAAGUAGAAGAAAAAUCCAGCCCAGAAAGACAAGAGGAAGAACCAGAAGCUGCCAAAACAGAGCCAGAUAGAUUAGAUGAUGCCCGUGCAUCUAAUCUAGACGACUCCUCAGAGAGUAAAAAGGAAUCUCCAGUACCUAAAAGUAAAUUUAAAUAUGAACUAGUUUCUGAAGAAGAAACCUGUGCAACAGAAAAUAAAGAAAUAACUUCUGAAAGACAAAAAGAAGGAAUUAAAUUAACAAUCAGGAUCUCUAGUCGGAAGAGAAAGACAGAAACACCACCAGAAGAGGUCAGCAUUGGCCGCACGUUAAGGCGCUCACCAAGAAUAUCCAAGCCUACCCCAAAAGUUGUGGAGACUCGGGAUCAGAAGCCUGAGAAGAAGCGACCUGAAGAGGAAGAGGAGAAACCUGCAGCAGCACAAAAACCAGAACGAAAAGAGGAUGCAAAAAAACAAGAGAAGGAGACAAAUUCUAAAGUUAACAAGAGAAGCAAAGUUCGGUGGACGGGUACGCGGACACGUGGCAGGUGGAAAUACUCAAGUAAUGAAGAGACUGAGGACUCUGAGAGUGAAAAAAACUCUGAGGAGGAGGAAGAAGAGGAGGAAGAGGAGGAAGAAGAAGCUCCACCUGCUGAUGAUGAUGAACCCUGCAAGAAGUGUGGCCUUCCCAAUCAUCCUGAAUUGAUUUUGUUGUGUGACUCUUGUGACAGUGGCUACCACACAGCCUGCCUUCGCCCUCCGCUGAUGAUCAUCCCUGAUGGAGAGUGGUUCUGCCCGCCUUGCCAGCAUAAAUUACUUUGUGAGAAAUUAGAGGAACAAUUACAGGAUCUGGAUGUGGUCUUAAAAAAGAAGGAGCGUGCAGAACGCAGAAAAGAGCGAUUGGUGUAUGUGGGUAUCAGUAUUGAGAACAUCAUUCCACCUCAGGAGCCAGAAAUACCUGAAGGUCAGGAAGAAAAGAAGAAAGAUUCCAAAAAGCCCAAAUCGAAACUUGAAAGGAGAUCUACCAGAACCCGAAAGUGCAUAAGCUACAGGUUUGAUGAAUUUGAUGAGGCAAUUGAUGAAGCAAUUGAAGAUGAUAUCAAGGAGGCUGAUGGAGGAGGCAUUGGCAGAGGCAAAGACAUGUCAAAUAUCACAGGUCACCGUGGAAAAGACAUUUCCACAAUCCUUGAAGAAGAAAGGAAGGAAAACAAGCGACCUCAACGGGCUGCUGCAGCACGACGCAAGAAACGACGGCGACUAAAUGACUUGGAUAGUGACAGUAAUAUGGAUGAAGAAGAGAGUGAGGAUGAAUUCAAGAUCAGUGAUGGAUCUCAGGAUGAGUUUGUUAUAUCAGAGGAAAAUCUGGAUGAAAGUGAAGAUGACCCACCAUCAAACGAGGACAGUGACUCUGAGUUCUGCGCCCGCAUAUCCAGGCGACACCUCUCCAGGCCCAUGAGGCAAAGCAGGCGGUUACGAAGGAAAACAGUCAAGAAAAAAUACUCUGAAGAUGAUGAAGAUGAAGAGUCUGAGGACAAUUCAAGCAGAGAGUCUGAGAGUGGUGAUUAUACAGAUUACAGUGAUGAUGAUUACCUGGAAACUAGGAGGAGAAGAUCAAGACGGAAUCAGAAGAGACAAGUUAAUUAUAAGGAAGAUUCAGAAAGUGAUGGCUCACAGAAAAGUGUCCGAUAUGGGAAGGAGUUGAGAAGAGUUCAUAAACGCAGGCUCUCCACUUCAGAUAGUGAAGAGAGCUACACAUCUAAGAACUCUGAAGAUGAUGAAUCCACAAAGGAGUCCAAGCGAUUGAUUCGAAAACGUCGGCGAAGUACAGAUGACUACUCUGAGGAAGAAGGAGAGGAUGAGGAGGAAGAAGGGAAGCCUGUCCGCAAACGCCUGAAUCGAAUUGAGACCGACGAGGAAGAUGCGUGUGAAAACGCCAACGACGACGCAGAAACCCCCGCUCCCGCAGAUAAGCUGCCAGCAGCACAAGCCCCCCCAGACAACCCCAAGAAGCACUGCUACCGGAUAGAGAGUGAUGACGAAGAUGACUUUGAUAAUGUAGGGAAAGUAGAGAGCCCUUUGGACUACAGCCUGGUGGACUUGCCUUCCACCAACGGACAGAGCCCAGGGAAAACCAUUGAGAACUUGAUUGGCAAGCCAAGCGAGAAGAGCCAGGCCCCCAAGGACAGCACAGCCAGCGCCAGCCUGGCACCCAACGGGACAGGCAGUGGGCAGGAAGCGGUAGGGCCAGAGGAAGAUGAAGAUGAACUUUUGAGAGUGACUGACCUUGUUGAUUACGUCUGUAACAGUGAACAGUUAUAAGACUUCCAUUUUUGUGCUAAUUUAUUCCACGGUAGCUCAUACCAGCGGGCCAGUUAUUAAAAGUUGUUUUAUUUUUCCUAGAAAAUUCUCCACUACAGUAUCACUUUCUAGAAGCAAGAAUUUCACCAGUCCUGCAGUCUUUCUGUGAAGUGACCAGUUUUGAACUUUGAAGAUGAGUUGCUGUAAAUUCCCUCUCUUACCCCCCCCUUCUCCUUCCAAGUCCAUGGUCCUGGGUAAUUUCACUCACAAAAACCUUAUAACAACAAGAGAUUUGUAUAUUUUUGACUUUAUAUUUCCUGAGUGCAUACAAAUUUGUGGAAAUGGGUGGCCUAAGAAAGCAUUCCAAAUCAGUCAGGGCCCAAACCGGAACUGGGGUGGGUUUGGCUCAGGGGGUGGGGGGACGGGAGGGGGGUGGUGCAGAAGCACUUGUGCUUUAGCUUUUUCAUAUGAGAUAUAUAUUAUAUUUAAAUGUUCACAACUUAGAUUACAACUUAACAGACAGUUAAAAGCAAAAUUAAUGUCUGUACUGUCGCAUUUUGUGAGUUGUAGGUUAACAUACCAUAGCUCAUUUUAGUAAUCACCUUCAUGGAAGCAGUUUGAUUUUAAUACUGGAGGCAAACAGAAUUAUUAGAGGCCAAGAAGGUACCAUAAACAAGAACUCUGCUAUUCAUUAUGACUUGCAGACUUUCCUAAUAAACAUCCUUUAAAAUAUUUGUACAGUGAAGUGUACUGUAAUGAAGUUUUUGAUAGUCAAAACACUUUAGCCAUGAAUUUCUAAAGUGAUCUCAUGCACAGUUCAUCAGAUGGCCUUCAAUGCACAGUGUCUAGUGGGAGGACGUAUUGAUGUCAAGUAAGUCUGUAAGCUGGAUGUCAACUAAGUCUGUAAGCACUGCAGACUUUUACAGACAAAAGAACCCUGCAGUCGCUGCCCGGCCACGUGAGUUUCAUAACCAGUUGGAGUAUUCUGAACAAAAUGUGUUUGUACAAACGGCAUUGACCACAGAAUGACAGUGCAUAAGAGGAUGGAGGGAUUUUCAAAUAAACCAUGACUGGUCCAUUCAUGCCCUUAAUAUCUACUUCAAAUUGAAGUAAACAAAUGGAACGGUUUUCCUUUUGGAGGUUUCCUGUUUGGGGUUUGUGUGUGGUUUUGUUUUGGUUUUGCUUAUUUGCCUGGAUGUAUUAGCAGGUUUUGAAUGUAGUUGUUGGCCUUUGGCCAUUAGAAUUUUCUUAAAAUACAUUUUAAUAACUACCAUGUGACCAACUGAUUUCAAGAAGGCAGAGUUUCUGAGAGAAAACGCUUGACUCCAAGACAUCUCAUCAACUUUUCAGCAGGCAUGAAGUGAUAUGUGCUUUUAUUCAAGGGGGAAAAAAAAAGACAUUGGAAGAAUAAAAACCCCACCAAAUCAACGUGGGGCACAUCAAGAGCAUUCAGUUUUCUCUGUACUCUGAUUAAGAUGCAGGCUGUAGCAUUUGUACAUGUUAUAGGACAUGUUAUAGGCAGCUCAAACAGAUCUGCCAAACAUUGAAAUCCAAAAAGGUCACAUCUGUUAAUCCUUUUGCUCUGAGAUUUGGAUUUUUGACUGGUGUUUAUGUCCAUUGCCGGCAAUGGAUGCACCAAAGCUGCUGCUGCUGCCACUGAGGAGUGAGUUCUCCUUUCCUGCCCCACCUGAUUCACUUCCAUUAUAUUGUAUUUACUAGUUAAUCAUUAAGCACUUCUGUUUUCUUGUACUAAAACCAGCAUUAGGCCUUUACUAAAUACCUCUCUAGAAAACCUAGAUCCAAUUUUUACCUACCUUUUGGCCUUUAAAAUCUUGGUUUUGUUUCCCCACCUCUUUCUCCCCAAGGUCUCUCAGAACCACUCUGUGACUUUUACUCCUUUGGGUUCUAGCAGUGCACAUAUUAUGCUAUAAAACUAGGAUCUGAAAAAUGCAAAAAGAUGGAACUUUCUCAUUAUCUGCUGUGCUAAGCAGGCUUGUGAUUAAAAACAAAGAGAAUCACUCUCUACAUGACAAUUUAAUUUCAUCAAAGAUUAAAUGUUUUCCUACCUUACUGAUGUUAACAAUUAACAGUUAAAUUAUUAAAAUGGGGUAGUGAAGAGCCACAGGAGCUUAGAAUGAGUUUUUAAAAGCUUAUGUAGCAUUUUAAGCUACUCUAGUGCUUUUCUUUGCCUAGAUGAUGCAUAAAUGCAGUACUUCUAAAUUCUAAUAUACUUGUGUGUUAGAACAAGUAAGAACGUAAGGCUUCCACUUGUCCAUUAUAGUAGUUGCUGAGCAUUUUUAAUUCUUUUAAUUCUUGCGGUGCAAACUGAUUCACAUCCAUCAGCUCUGGAAUCUGUAGUUCCUCAUUUGUUUUGCCAGUGCCAUGUUUUCAUUUGUUGCCUGAUGGAGCCUUUUCUUAUCUGAUCAAACAUGUUUGCUUGUAGAGUCAACUCCAAAUGCUAAAUACAUAGUGGGGAGGUACUUGUGUGUGUAAGAAAAUUCAAAAGAGUUACAAUUCUGGAUAAACACAUCAUGAGAAAAAUUGAGUACUGAGUUAGAGCAGUGUAAAAACAGGAAAGACCAGGAAGCAAAAUAGGAGCAUUGAAGCUUGCAUCAGAAGUGUCAUGUUUUAAAAAUGGCCAGUUGUUACCAGACUGUACUUUCUAUAGGUCUCUUCUUAAAAGCAACUUUUCUGUCUUCUAAGAAGUCACCCUCGGUACCUGAGAUGGCUUCAUCCCAUAGGAUCUAGAGUUCCUCCUCAGAUCAGUGGGAAUGAUGGGCAAGGAAAAACUGAAAAAAAAAUGCUCUGGAAAGUAUUACCAUUUUAAAACUUGGUAUUUUUGUCAUUUUUAAGGCUUCCUGCUUGGAAAAUGUAUCAUCUCCUUUUUGGGAAGAUGGCAUUUUCUGACAAGAGGCCGGCUAUCACACAGGGUUCAUACCAUUACAGUAUGUAUAUGUGAUUCCAGAGUGAAAAUACCUUCCUGGUGUCCUUACAGUCUUGUGCCCUUCUGUGCUCAGUGUGAAAUCAAGAGUUGGUUGUCUUUGAACCGUGAUCUUCAGGUGUAGGUUUGGGCUUAAAGCUCAAACUGUAUGGGAAACGGGAAACAGGCCAGGGAUUGUUUUUAACGAGACCAAGCAGCUACUGGCUGAACAUGCUGAGCAUUUCUUCAGCAAACUCUUGUUUAUUCUACACAGAUUAUCACUAACAGCUUUGUCUUUUUUUACCAGUGAGCUCUUCUGUAUAUAACUGACUGGGAGGAAAGCUGAUUUCUUUGUGUAGUCUAAGUAGCACUGUUGGGAAGAAGAACAUAUAGAUCAAGUGGAGGAGUGGAUUUUUUUGUGCCACCAGGAUAAAUUCUGGCUGUUUGCUUUCCUGUGUGGGGCUUCUAUGACUCAGUGACAAAAAGCACACAAGCAGGGCCACUGCAGUAAUGAAUGGGGUGUGUUAAUCUAAGCAGUAGGGGGAUAGAAUUAACUAUUGGAUUGGUUUCACCACAGUUGCUGUCUUCUAGUUGUUGAGUCUGAUAAACCUGAGCAUAUUCUUGAUGUAAGAUGGAAAGUGGCAUCAUAUUUAACAACCCUUACUUAGCAAGGUCAGUGCUGAACAAUCAACUAUUUGAUACUUUCAUUUUGCACGUGCUGAAUUACACUUUAAAAUCACUGCAUCUUCCUGACUAUUUUUUUUUUUUGAAUGAACAGAUUGUUCUGGUCUAGCAGCACUUAGGAGAAAUGAGAGACACCUUUUUUCUUAAAAGCUCAUUUUUGAAGUGUCAUCUUCAAGAUUUUGUUGUAUUAAGUGUCUCGGUUACUCUCCAUAUUAUGGGAGCUAAUGACUUAGUUGGACUUUUUUUCUGUUCACUUCUGUUUCCUAAUUGCUGUGUCUGAACUUUUGGUGAGAGACCUUAUAUUGAGAAUCUCAAGGGGCAAAAGAUGUAUGUUCACAAAAGAAAAAAUUUAUGGUAGUGGUACACUUGUUCUGAUUUCUCUUUACAUCUAUUAUUUAAACUACACUGGUAUCCAGAUGCUGCGAUUGUGUAAUAAUUUUAUUCCUUCAUUGUCAGGGGGUCCAUUUUAUACCUCUGUUUUCAGGUGCUUAUAAUAACCUGGUUUUCAGUUUUUUGCAGUAGGAAGCUCUAGUCUAAACCUUCAAAUAAUGAUUUCAAAUCACAUAUUUUUACAAACUUCUUUUAUGAAAAGUAAACAAGGAGUUUUUAUGGCACCUGCUUUUUUAAAUUCACUUUGUACACAGUGAUUUAAAUAAAUCAUGGCAGUAAUGCUCACCCCCAGAACUGGUCUGACAAAGAGAUUUGUAUAAUCUAAUUCAAAAAAGCUUUAUAUAGGCCUUGAAAAUUUGGUUUGAUACAUGUGCAGUGACUACUAUUCACAAACUUGUAAUGUGGUAGUGUGUACCCUAGGUAUGUAUUUGCAUUUGAUGUAUGCUUCUGAUCCGGUGGGUAGAUAAAGUCCUUAAAUAUAUAUAUAAAUAUAUAUAGAAGAUCAAGUAUCUUCAAAUGAAACAGUAAUUUUGGGAGGAUAAUUGCAUUGAAUAUGUUAUGGGAAUCUCCAGAAAUAAGGCAGCAGAAUUUUUCCAAGUCUUUAAGUGUUCAAAACUUUCAUAGAAGCAUUUAGGAUAUUGUCAAAAGUAAGGAUUUACAGGAUCAAGAUCACAUUUGCUGGUAGUGUCCCCUUCCCUAACAGUUCGCAUAGGGACUGUAUCUCACAUAAAAUAUUGGAAGGCAGAAAGUAAAAAAAUUCAGCAGAAAUUAUCCAUUUGGGGUUUUUUUGUUGUUGUUGUUUUGGUUGGUUUUUUUUUUUGGCUGGUAUAUCCUGAUAUAAGAAAAAUUCUAUGACUAAUUUUUGAUGCUUCACUCAGUGUGAGACCUAACGGAGAGCUCUGGCUUCAGAAAUAUUGAUCAGUUGGAAAUUAUUUCUGGAGACCCAGCAGUUGGGGUAUUGAGGACUACUAGUCACUUUGGAAAGUCUUUGGAAAGUCACUUACCAAGCUCUUCUUUUAGAUUAGGUGUAACUAACUGAGGUAGUUCCAAACAACAAAAACAUGGGAAUGGUUGUCCCAAAACUUCAGAGUAAUUUAACUUACUUUGUACAUUGUAGAAGAUACAUAUUGCUUAGUAUAACGCAUAAAUAAAAGAUUGCAGAGAGCUUCUGGAGGAAAGAAUAAAACACUCUACAGUAGAUAAGUUUUUAGAGUUGAAUCUGUGGUGUAAAGCAUUCAGAUUCAACUGCAAUUAAAAGCAAGUCUUACAGCUUGGAUUUUUGACUAUCAUCUUGUAAAUGCUGGGCCCCCACACCUGAGUUGAGGAGCAGGAGAGGGGACAGCAUUGCAGUUAGAGGGGCACACAUGCCUGCCAGCAGAUCUGCUGUUGCUCCAUACAACCCCAAAGGUUGCUGAGGAGAGCCGAGCAACGGCGCGGCUCCGUUUGUUCAGCUGGUUUACUUUGUGCACUUUGUAGCACUUUGUGUAUAGUCAGUCUCACUGGGUCCCCAGGUGCAGACAGAGUCACUUGCUCCUGCUGUUGGGAUGCUUGUUCCAAUAAUGGGGAGAUGGGGAAUGGAUGGAGGGAAGUGGAAUGGAAUAGUGUGUAUGCAAAUUCAUGCCAUUUGCAAGAGAGGUCUUGGACAGGCCUAGAAACUACUUGUGACUUGCUCUUUACAGGUGGGAUUUCCAAAGGAAGGUCUCCAUUUAGGAGAAUCAUCCUGGUACCCUCCUUUUCUCAUCCUGAUUUUCAAAGUAACUGGAAAAUGUACUUUAUGUCUCCUUCCUUGAGGGAAUAAAUAAUGUUCCUCCAUCAGUGCAAUGUGGAUGUAGAAAAAAUUAGGAUCAGUCCGUAGGUUAUAAUGACAGUGUUUGUCUCCAGAGGUGACAGUCAAAGUCCACACAGUUUGCUUUCUUUGUUCUUCUUACCGUGUCCCACACAACUGAACUUGGAUCAGUCUGUCAGAACUUAAGUGGUUCUACAGGGAUAAGUGCUUCUGCAAAAUCAUAUGAUAGACCUAGUAACCAGUGCACUGUUUGUUAGAACAGACAAAAGUCCUUAAUAGAUACUGAACUGCCACUCAAGGCAGUGGUAGGAAAGGAAGUCAAAUCAUAAAGCUGUAAGCCUUGUUUAGUUUUCCAUUUUGUACUCGUUAUAUGGACUCUAAAAUCUUGUACAGUACCUUAUUCCUGUCCUAUAUUCACUCAAAGGAUGCUCCUCCCCCUUACUGGCAUUAAACUGCCAUUAAACUGUUGCCAAUGCAGCUGCUGGUUCCUGCCUGUGUUUCACAGCGCUCCUGCCUCAGCCAGGUGGCGGAUGGGACUGAUCCAAAUGCAUGAUGUUACCAUUCCUGGGUGCAGGGCAGUUCUCACACAGGCACAGAUCCUGUCCAUGAGAGACAAACAUUGGGGAUUCUCAGUGUCCCACAUGGCACAUGGAUGCUUACCCUCCAGUAUUCUUUUGACAACUGGAUCAAAUCUGCCAGACAGGUCUCUUAAAAUUUAAGAUAUGCUUACAUGAAAUACACUUUUGUCUUGCUCCCAUGUGCUGUUUGUGUGUUUGCAAAGACACCUUGAGUUCCUUAAAAAUGGUCUCCACAGCUGGCCUCAUCUUCUGUUUUCUUUCUCUAAAGAAUUAACACAGUAAAGUUUGGAGCUCUUUAUGUAGCAUUUAAUCCUUGCAUUUUUUGAGUCCUGAACCUUGUUUUUUUCAGUCUGUCUUCAGUCAUGACUUGCUACAAUAUCAAAGGGAAAGGACCUGGGGACACACACUGUGUGUGUGGGAAGGGGGGGAAAUAUCUUGAAAAAAACUGGAAGUGUUAUUCUUGUUGCACAUAAAUUGGGUGGUGCUUUCACUGUCUUUUCCCUCCCACUGGUAAUACCACGUGCAUGUAAAACAUGCUGCGUUAAAACUUUUUAAAAUGGAAAUCAUGGUGGCAUAGUGCUCAAAGGGUUAACUGCAGUUUAUUAACAGCUAAUGUUUUUAGAUUUGCAGUACACAACUGUUUAAAUACUGUAUUCCUUGUAAAUGAAGUAAGAAAAAAUGUUAAGGCUGGUGCCAAUAUUUUUGUUAAUGAAUUGUUCAGCGUUGUCUCUCACUACAGUCUGGUCAGAACUCUUUGUGUAUAAGCUGGGCCUGAAGCCAUUUUAUAGCUUGUAGGCCUAAUUGUGUAACUUUUCUUUCAUAAUGGUUUUGUUAUAAUAUCU